AUGGUGUUGAAAGGCGGCGAGGUUGCUGAGCACAACAGCGCAAAGUCGUGCUGGGUUAUCGUUCACGGUAAAGCAUAUGAUGUGACAGAAUUUCUGCCAGAACACCCUGGAGGUCAAAAGAUCAUUCUCAAAUACGCUGGUAAGGAUGCUACCGAAGAAUACGAACCAAUUCAUCCUCCCGACACCCUCGACAAGUAUCUUGAUGCUUCCAAGCAUCUCGGCCCUGUCGAUAUGGGCACCGUCCAGCAGGAGAAGAAAGAGGUAGACCCAGAGGAAGAGGAACGCCUGCAGCGCAUUGAGCAGAAGCCUCUUCUGUCGCAAUGCUAUAACCUCUUCGAUUUUGAGGCUGUCGCUCGACGUGUGAUGUCAAAGACUGCAUGGGGAUACUACUCCAGCGCUGCCGACGAUGAGAUUACAAUGCGGGAGAACCACAGCGCGUUCCAUCGCAUCUGGUUUCGUCCUCAAAUCCUCGUCGACGUGGAAAACAUCGACUUCUCAACCACCAUGCUCGGCACAAAAACAGACAUCCCCGUUUAUGUAACAGCCACAGCCCUCGGUAAACUUGGUAACCCAGAGGGUGAAGUCGUCCUCACCCGCGCCGCAGCAAAGCACAACAUCAUUCAGAUGAUCCCCACUCUUGCAUCCUGCUCCUUUGACGAGAUUGUGGACGCAAAAGCAGGCGAUCAGAUCCAGUGGCUGCAGCUCUACGUCAACAAGGACCGUGCCAUCACUAAGAAGAUCGUGCAACAUGCCGAGAAGCGUGGUUGCAAGGGUCUCUUCAUCACCGUUGAUGCGCCCCAGCUGGGACGUCGCGAGAAGGAUAUGAGAUCUAAGUUUACCGAUCCUGGUUCUCACGUCCAAGAGGGCACAGACACGGAUAACAGCCAAGGUGCUGCGCGCGCUAUCUCGACGUUCAUUGACCCUGCACUGAGCUGGAAGGACAUUGCCUGGUUCCAGAGUAUUACGUCCAUGCCUAUUAUCCUCAAGGGUGUCCAGCGCGUCGAAGAUGUCCUCAAGGCUAUUGACUACGGCUGCCAGGGCGUUGUUCUCUCCAACCACGGAGGUCGUCAGCUUGAGUUUGCCCGGUCCGCCAUUGAGGUUCUCGCCGAGACAAUGCCUGUUCUCCGCGAGCGCGGUCUCGAGAACAAGAUUGAGAUUUUCAUCGAUGGCGGAAUCCGCCGUGGAACUGAUAUCCUCAAGGCUCUCUGCCUGGGUGCUCGUGGCGUCGGUAUCGGACGACCUUUCCUGUACGCCAUGAGUGCUUAUGGUGAGGCUGGUGUCGUACGAGCUAUGCAGCUGCUGAAGGAUGAGCUGGAAAUGAAUAUGCGCCUCAUUGGUGCUAGCAAGAUCGAGGAUUUGCAUCCCGGUAUGCUUGACCUGCGAAGUCUGUUCCAGCAUUCUGCUGUGCCAUCGGAUAAUCUUUCAUCUACUGUGUAUGAUCCUUUGUCUGUGCCUGCUCAGAGACCCAAGGCUGGACCUAAGCAGGACACCCCCAAAGCGAAACUCUAG